UAAAAUCGGGGCUGGAAGUAUUGUUAUGCUCAGGCGCCGCGACGCACCAGUUGAACCUUUUCUAUAAACACUAAAACGAGCCAAUAACAAUAAAUAUGCUAUAUUUAUAUAUCCCCGAAAAGUUUUCCUUAAAACAACGUAUGCAACGGUAAGUUUUCGCUGUGUUAAAUCAACUGUUUGGCAAUCAAAAAAUAUCGAACUUAAAAAAAAACGAAAAAGAAACAACCAAGAUGUCAUCGGAAAUCGUUGAAUUAAACGUUGGUGGUGUUUUUUAUACAACAACAUCGCGCACCUUAACAACUCAACCCGAUUCAAAACUCACCAUAUUAUUUAACAACAAAGAAAACGCUUUAAGAGACUCAAAAGGACGAAUUUUCAUCGAUAGAGAUGGAGUUUUGUUUCGAUAUAUCAUAGAUUUCUUGCGAGAUGGGACUUUAUCGUUACCAGAAACAUUUCGGGAAAAAGAACGUUUAAAACGUGAAGCUGAAUAUUAUCAAUUACCUGCGUUAAUUGAAUCAUUAACUGUAAACCUUCAACAUCAACAACCUGGAGUUAUAACGGUUGGAUAUCGAGGGAGUUUUCAAUUUGGAAAGGAUGGAUUGGCGGACGUUAAGUUUAGAAAAUUGUCGAGGAUUUUGGUUUGCGGGAGAGUUUCUUUGUGUAGAGAAGUAUUUGGAGAAACUUUAAAUGAAAGCCGUGACCCAGAUCAUGGUAUCGUUGAAAGAUACACUUCAAGAUUCUUCUUGAAACAUUCAUUUUUGGAGCAAGCUUUCGAUAUGUUAACAGAGCAAGGUUUUAAAUUGGUUGGAAGUUGCGGUUCUGGAACGGCUGGGACUGCAGCUGAACCAAAACCGGGUGUUGAUACCGAAGAAAAUAAAUGGAAUCAUUACAAUGAAUUCGUUUUUGUUAGGGAGUAAGAUUUACGUUUCUUCCACUACAAUUAAUCUCCUUAUUUAUGUUGUAAUUGUUUCUUUAUAUUCUGAGUAAUCGUUAAAAGCAACUUCCGAAAUAGUUCUUUAUAAUAUAUCGAUAUUAAACGAUGGAAUAGGAUUAACUCUAAUUGUACUGUAUAAAAUCAUAGAAAAUAUUCAAUCAUAUAUAUUAUAAAAUGUGCGGGUUCGUUUAAAAGUUUAGAAACAAUCUAAAAAUAGAGAUAAAUUAGUCAAAACAUAACCUAAAAGUAUAAACAUAACCUAAAAAUUAAUUUGUCACUUUGUUUCUAACCUUUUAAAAUAACGUUUGGCCAUCUGAAAACCUGAAUAAUGUUUGACUAUCUCGUCUUCCUUAACUUUAAUUAAUAACUUUAAUUUUCGUCGAAUUUCUACAGGGUAGUUGAAUUAAAAAAAAAGUGUUUCAAGGAUAACCGAAGCAUAUCUGUGACAAAUUUAAUUUCCUCCUUUUCAUAUAAGAUAUCUAUUAUAAAGAAAGUCGUAUGUAAUAAACCGUAAGUUUACUUUUUACAAACUGUAAGUAACUCGGUCUUCAAUAAAUUAUAUAAUGUAGAUAGAA